GGAUGAGACUGUUGACAACCCUGCUCUCCCAUAUCACCACCUCCGCCUCGACCUACUCUAGCUUCACUUCAUAUUAAGACACAAAUCUCCAACGCUGCUUGAUCCCUUUCCCUUUCUCCAUUUCGAACCUCAUCUCAACCAUAAACAUACCCUCGAUCAAACUAUGACAACAUAAUCGCCCCCCUGUCCACCGAUAUCGAAAACACGCAUUCCGGCCGCUGUCACUGGGCGACGAGCCUACAUUCUCCAAAAUCACUUUUCGAACUGACGAAUUGAAUACCAUGCCUGCUGAAAGCAGGGAACCAUCUCGCGAUCGAGACCAGGUGGUGAAAUACCAUCACCAGCAUUCCUAUUCCGAGUCGGGCCGCGCCUCAGUCCCAAUGUGGGAUAGUAGCGAUCCAGACCGAGCUCCACCUCCGCUCCCACUCAACCCAUCAUCCCCUCAGCUUCCGAACCCGCGCAUCAACCCAGCAUCCCAUAUCGCAGCAGCAACUGCUGCACUUCAAGAGAAGGCCCGAGAAGGCCUCGCGCCAAUGACGUCCAACUACAUCACAAAUGGCGCCCCGUCCGAUGGGAGCAAAUCCCCCGAGCGCUCUCUGGUCAAAGGCGCCCAGCACCGAAGACUCCAAUCCUUGCAAACCCCGAGCGUAAAGGAUCUCCGGAGUUACUUGGAUGGUAGCCGUUCGCCUGAGCGAUCUCCCGACCGUGCGACCGGUCGGGCGGGUACGCCGUCUUUUAGUCGCGAUGACAGAGACCUUUCGUCUCCGGACAAGAGUCGAGAGAGCACUCCAACUCCAACGAGCCGGGAACUAUUGAGGGAUUCGAUCCCGAACUUACGACCGACGUCGCGGAGCCCGCCUAAAGCCAUACUUGGCGAGCACACUCCUCCUAGCGCGACGAUGCUUGCACUUCAAACCAUACCCGGUCGAGACCCCGAUACGCCACUCGCAAAUAUGACGAGGGAGUCUGAGCACACUCCUGCGUCGGCCGCAAGUGCAUCAACACCCCGAGCUACUCACGGAGCACCCCAGGUCCCAAUCGAGUCAAUUAGCACCCAGAUAUUGGGUCUGACAACCAUUGCCACGAAACUCCAACGAGAGAUGGAGCAGCUCAGUCGAAGAAGUCGGGAUAAUGCGACAGAUCUGGUCGCACUCAAAGACGCGACCAGGAGCCGGGAUGAGGACAUCAGAAAGUCUCUCCGCGAGCUGGUACAAAACCUUCCCUCGUCGAAGCUCUCACUUCCCGAUCAGAUCCCCACCGGAAAUGCGAGCCGCAGCGGCAGCUUUGGCGUUUCCACUCCGCCACCUGCAGGAGCUCCAAAGUUCACCCUCCCACGAAUCCCUUCCCCUGCCUCUUUUCUCUCCGAUGACCGAUCGGGUAGUCCUAAUCCAUUUAGUCUUGAAGGCGCAGCAUCGGUUGCAAUGCUGGAGAAGAUCAUCCGUGAGAUGGUGACAAAGGAAGGUCAGGAACGGCUUCUUGCGACACUCAGCCAACUCUUCGAUAAAUCAAGCAAAGAGAGUGGCGAUACAGCGCGCAAAGUCGAGCAACUCACUGAGUUUAUCCGACAGUCUUCUUCACAAGCUCUUGUUACGCGAGGAAGGAGCCCGACCGUUGCAGGUGCGACCUCAUCCGAUGCAUCUAAGCUUUCACUGAACUUCGAUACCGGUGCGGUCGCCGCUCGUGGCGGAUUUGAGGAUGUAGUACCUUCAGAUGGCACCAGAUCAUUCACUGACGCGAACGCAAAAGAAUUCGUUUCCGACGAAGUCAUGAAGAUAUUACGAAAGAUCAAGGACAGCGUCGGUAAUACCGGUGGUCUCGUGGCCGAAGUCAAAGCACAACAACGAGACCUGCGCGGAGAAGUGCUGCAUAUGGGCCGGGAUCUCAUGCGUCGCAUUGACGAAGCAAUGAAGCCUGCCAGUGCUGCGAACGGCCCAUUGAAAGCGAUCGAAGAUGGACGAGAGGCCGAAAAGAUCGAUAUUGCGCGCCUAGUUCAGGAAGGCCUAGAGGAAGUGAAGAGUCGCCUGGACGAUGCCAUGCGUGAACGACGGCGGCAGAGCUCGAGCAGUAUCGUUUCGCGAACCACGGUCGAUUCCCGCGAGGUAUACGACGUGGUGAAGCACGCGCUCGCCGAACGUGAUCUUGACCGAGGGUAUGGUGCUCCUGUUCAAGCUCAGUCGGAGCAGCAGCCGCUGGAUAGGGAAGCCAUUCUGGAGGCGGUUAAAGAAGCCUAUGAGGCCUACAAGCCGGAGAUAGAAUUGCAGCAAUUCGGACUGGAGCGAGACGAAAUCCUACAGUGUCUCAAAGAUGGACUGGAGGACUACCGUUCCAACAUGACCAAUCCCCGAGAGCGCAACGGGAUCUCGAAAGACGAAGUCAUGGACGCCGUUCAUGAAGCAAUGACGCAUUUCAAUCCACCCUCACCGAUAAACGAGUCCAAAGAAAUACGCGAUGAAGUUCUGCUGGCGGUUCGAGAAUGCCUAGAUGAGCUCCGACCGGCGUUCCAACAACGAGCGAUGACAUACCAUGACACGGAUGCUACCAAGGAUGCCGUGCUUGAUGCGGUCAAAGAAGGACUUGCCUCGCAUGGCAUCGGUGGAGCUCGAGAGCUCGAGCUAAACAAAGACGAUCUAUUCGAUGCAGUUCGAGCCGGACUCGAAGCUUCCGGAAAUCCAUUCGGAGAAUACGGACAGCAGGUCGUCAAGCAGCUUGAUGAGCUCCUUCAGGAUAUGAGAGUGGAGUUCAAGUCAUAUUCGAUGGCCAGCGGGCGAGAUACCGAGCAAGUCCUUGACGCGAUGAAGGAUGGUCUCGAGUCGCUUCGCGGUGAGAUCGAAGCCUACGUUGAUCGCUCUCAAGAUGUUACCGGGAAGGAUGAGAUCAUCGACACUGUUCGUGGAGGGCUCGAAAAUCUGCGGCAAGAUGUACAGGGCUACGUGUCCGAAGGUCCUCAAGGCGACCACGCCGUGAGCGGCAGGGAAAUGCUCAAUUAUGUGAGAAGGGAGUUCGAGCAUCUUCACGCGGCCAUUACGGACGGGUUUACCUCAGUGGACCAUCACUCUCUCUUGCAAACUCUUCACCAAGGUCUCGCCGACCUUAAGAGCUCCGGAGGGGCACGAGGCCUCGAUGGGGAGGCUAAUAUCGACAGCAGCUCGCUCAAAAAUAUCCAAGAAGAGCUCGGUCAUCUACGCGGGAGCAUCGCGACCGCCCUCAUUCGAUCAGGCAGCGCCGAUAAGGACGACAUAAUCGAUUCAUUCCAAUCCUCCUUGGAAACUCUUCGGACCCAGUUAGAGACAUCCCAGGGCGCGUCCGCGAAAGAGAGCCUAGAUGCCAUUACCAUGGAGAUUGACCAGCUGCGGUCCGGCAUUACCAAUGCGGUCGUCGGCGCAGGAACAGAUGUGGACAAGGAGUCCAUCCUCGAGGCUAUUCGAACCGGACUUGAAGAAAUUCGCCCAGCUCUAGGUGGUGGGGCCAGCGAUGAGCUCCUCGAGGCAUUCCGGGGUGAAUUUGAACAUGUUCGCGCCAGCAUUGCGACGGGUAUGGCUCGGACAGCUUCAAGGGCGGACACCGACGAGGUUCUUGAUGCAGUGCGCCUCGGGAUCGAUGACCUUCGAAGCCACCUCGAGAAGAAGAUGGACAAUCCCGAGGCACAAAUGAAAGCAACCGGUGAUAUUCUGGAUGCUUUGAAUGAUGGCUUGGAUUCCCUCAAGACCGACGUUGGAAAGAUGGUUGACAAGCCGGUCGACAUGACUGUGAGCUAUGAGAUCUUGGACACGCUGAAGGAUGGGUUAUCUGCCAUCCAUAUGGAGAUUAGCAAGCUCAAACCGGGAGAUGUCAAGUCGAAGUCAGGGGAUGAGAUCAUUCUUGCGGAGGAAGAGAUCACACGAGACGUAUCUGGCGGCGAGGUGUCAUCCACCGUCCUGCAGCGAAAUGAUAUCGAGAAGAUGGAGGUCCUCCUCGCACAGUUACAGAUCAAGGUCGAGGCACUCGACGCAAACAUCCAAGAUCAGGCUUCCACACCCCCCCAACCCGCAGACGACUCCGAUACGAAGAAGGUCGAUCUGAGCAGUAUCGAGGUCUUACUUAAAGAUCUCCAGGACUCUGUGGUAUCCAUUGCUGCUCGCGAACAACUCGACAAUGACAACCUCGCGAAGAAGGAGGACACCGACGCCAUCGAGACACUUCUCCGAAACACGAAAUCGAAACUCGACGACCUGGCGGCCCCCGAAUUUGACAAGCUGGCUCAAAAGGAGGAUCUAGAGAAUGUCGAAGCCACUGUCCGAAUCGCCCAUGAAGCCGUUGACGCCUUAGCAGCGAAGUUCGACGACAAGACUGCUUCGAAGGAAGAUUUGCUUGCGCUCGGAGCCACUAUGCAAGAUAUUAAGGCCGUCAUUGAGGAACUCAAAGUGGAUCAGGAUGCACCGAAAGAGAAGACCGAAGAUGAAGUGACCAAAAAGGACUUGGACAUUCUGGGCGUGGUCUGCAUUGAGAUCAAGAAUAAGAUUCAAGAGCUGGUUGACCCGGAGACCCUGCCAUCAAAGGCGGAUCUGGAACAGAUUAUCGGCCUGACCAACGACCUUCGCGAAAGUCAUGAAAAGAUGAGGGAGGGAUAUGAGACAGACAUACGAGUCACUGCCAAAGCCUUCGACGACCGCAAGUCCGAAUCUCAGGAGAUCUUGAACACAAUCACUGCGAUGAGGUCCUUCCUAGAAGAAACCAAGGACGACUUGAAACGACAAGUCGAGGAUGGCUCGAUCUCCGUCGGUAUGCUCUCCGAGAAUGUCAAAGGUAUCGAGGAAACGAUCGGCGCGAACUUCAGCAUCGUCACUGAUAUCAAGGAACUCAUGGAAACCGUCACAACUGAAUUCGAGAAAACCCAUGCCGACUUCGGAAGCCUCCAAGCUAGCCAGGAGCAAGUGGUCGGCGACGAAUGCGAGAAAUCUCGUGUUGGUGUUGUCGCGGAUCUUUCAAGCAAACUUGAAGAGCAUUUCGGUGCGAUUACAUGCAAGCUGGAUGAGGUUCAAGUCGUUGCAGAGGCACAAGGCCAAACCCUAUCCGAGAAAGCGAAAGAACAGGAGGAGAUCUUGACGAGCACCAAGGCCAUGUCCGACGAAUUGCGAGUCACCAUCGACACUCUUGGCGCGACCGUGACGUCGUUGGAGACAUCACUCUCAGGCAUCACACAGAAGUUCAGCGAUGACUCAGAGGCGGUCUUCACCCGAGUCAACCAAGCUGUCAACAGCAUCAACGAUACAAACCUCGAUGCCAAGGUCGAACACAAGCUGACACGCGACGAAGUCGCCAAAGCGGUGAUCACCUUGGUCGGGCUCCAGUCUGAAAUCACCGAGAAUCAUCCGCAGUUCUUGGUUGCUCUUAAGGAGAUCCGGGAGCUGAUUUCGACUCAUUUCGAGCAAUCUCGCAAGGCGCAGGAGGCGGCAGAAAUGUCUGCAAAGGCGAUGCUCGAAGAGUCCAAAGUUCAUGCCGAGGAACUCAAAAAUACCUUUACCUCCCUGCCGGCGCUCCUACCUCCCGCUUUGCUAUCGCCAACUACCGAUUCGGCGCCACCACCGUCACUUGGUCCCGUUGAAUUCGAUGACAGCGCUAUCCUUGCGAAACUGGAUGAAGUGCUUGCUUCAAGGGUGACGGAGUCCCAGGCUGUUGAUGUACAAGCUUCACGCCUUGAAGAAAUCCAGAAACAGGUGUCCUCAACCGCCGAAGGCCUCGAGGCGUAUAUAGCUGCUCAGACUCGACUCAUUACCGAUGGUCAGGAAACGCGGGAGAAAGAAGCCCAAGAGGCUGUUGCCCUUCUUGAGAAGAGUUGUGCCGAGAAAGAGAAGGUCGAUGCUGAACUGCUCUCCCUGCGCACUGAAAAAGACUCUCUUCUGGCGGUUGUCGAGACGCUGCGGUCCGAUAGGGACGCUCUCGGGGCGCAGAAGUCACGGAUGGCGGCAGACGUUGCUUCGCUGGAGACAGCGCUGAGAAUUCGACGAGAAGAACUCCAUGAGAUGGACAUUAAGGCCGAUAAGCUUGAGCGCCGGAUUCUGGACGGCAUCAUGGACCAUUCCCGAUCUCUUCUCAUUGCGCGAGAUUCUGCAAAGCGACAGGCCGGACAGCACCAUCAAACGAGAAUGACGACCGCAUCCGGGACACGCGUUGCAAGUACUGCAUCCCAGAGCACGGUUUCGAGCCUUCCUGUAUUCGGCGAGGUCUCUCCCAAUGCCGGCCUCGCCGCUGCUCUUAAGAAUCGCCCUGCAGCUAGAGCCCGCCAGCUUGCAGGAAACUCGCAGCGCAACAACCCGACGGCAAGACGGAUCGCCAGUCUGAACCAAAUGUCAGGAAAACCUCCGACCGGAAGUCCAGCUUAUGUUGGAGCUGCCUCACGGGGUACUGGCGGCGCCGGUAAUUCCGAUGGCUUGAAGCGCAGCCACAGUGUGAAGAACUCGUCAUAUGCACGAAAGAGCAGCUGGAACGGCGGUCGCUUGCUUGGAGACAAUGGUGCCGUGAUUGAGGAAGCGAACAAGGAGAACGAAGCCCAAGAAAGCGACGAAGACGCCGAUGUUGAUUCUCGCAUUAGAGAUGAUGAAACCGCAAGCAUGGCUGGCACCGAGCGACGCUUCAGCAAUUCAACAACGACUGGAAGCAUAAUCACUGGAGCAUCUCGCUCAGUCGUAUCCGGCACGGAUUAUGGCGAUCGUAGGUCAAGCCACGGGACGGUCACCGGGGAGAGCGAGCUCACGUAUGAUACCGGCAGCUACUUGACCGGCUCCAUAACCGAGACAGACCGUCGAACCAGUUACGGCUCCACCAUUCAUUCAACCUUGGGAGCGGAGUCUCUCUUGGAGGAGGACGAAUACGAGGAUGAGCUCACAUAUGCUCCCGAGGAGACAACCGAGACUCAGCCUCAAUCGGGAGAUGUCAAAGCGGUCGGAGUCGACGUCACCCAAGCCCUUCCUACGGAGCACGACAUCGUGCACCGGAAGGACCUCGUGUUGUUCAUGGAGCAGAGUGACAGUGGCCUGGGGUCCGACAUUCACACCGCGGGAGGGUUGAGCGGGAGUGAAACGGACUAUUUCAGGCGAGCAAUUGAGAGCGCAGCACCGUCGGAGCUGUAAAUAUUUUCCGGAGUUCUUAUUUUGUCGUCCUUUGGGUAUUUUUGGACGGAUUGAUGAAAGAUUGGUGUUGUUUAGGAGUCCAAGAGUGGUGUAGUGUUGGGACUUCAAGGGAAUGGAUGGUAGUCUAUGAUUCUAAUUCCUUUUGAAAUGGUGUAGUACGAGUUAAGUUGUCCUACAAAUUUUAUGUAUUCCAGUCAAUGCGAUGUAGUUUUGUCUUG